UCGACUGCAACGGGGCAAGCGGCCUCCCUGGCACAGCCCGCUCUGCCCUAAGGGCCGGCCAGGGUCGAACGCGCCUGUGGGCGUGCGCUGGAAGCCGGGCUAUGUCGUGCCACGGAGAGUCUCGCGCCCCGGGCCGCUCCGGGUCCUGCGAGGAGCGAGGUCCCGACAGAUCCUGCGAGCUCCCCAGCACUCUGCUCCUGUGGAUGAGCUUGGUCCUAGCCGUGGCCUUGGCCCCCUCUGUGUUGCCCUGGAGCUGGGUCGCGGCCCAUCCUGUUCUCGUCCAAGAACAUCCCGUCGCCUUCCAUCCCUUGGUGCCGCAGCUCCGGCAAGUCUUCGGAAGGUGGAACCUCAGCUGCCCGGCCUGCAAAGGGCUCUUCACUGCCCUCGACUUCGGGCUGAAGAAGGAUGCUGGUGUGGCCUGGGUAGGCUCUAUGGCCAUCAAGAUGUGCACACUGAUGAAGAUUGCACCACCUGCUGUGUGCCAGUCGGCCGUCCAUCUCUUCCAGGAUGACAUAGUAGACGUGUGGACCCGCUCUGUGCUCAGCCCAUCUGAGGCCUGUGGCCUGCUCCUGGGCUCCACCUGUGGGGAGUGGGACAUAUUCUCCUCGUGGAACAUCUCUUUGCCCAAAGUACCAAAGCCAGCCCCUAAGCCACCCAACCCUCCAGUCCCAGGGGCCCCCAUCAGCCGUGUCCUCUUCCUCACUGAUCUGCACUGGGAUCAAGACUACCUCGAGGGUGCAGAUCCCAACUGUGAGAACCCGCUGUGCUGCCGCAGAGAUUCUGGCCCACCACCUGCCUCUCGUCCAGGUGCUGGACACUGGGGCGAGUACAGCAAGUGUGACCUGCCCCUGUGGACUCUGGAGAGCCUGUUGAGUGGGCUUGGCCCCGCUGGUCCUUUUGACAUGGUGUAUUGGACUGGAGACAUCCCUGCCCACAAUAUCUGGCACCAGUCUCGGCAGGACCAGCUGCGGGCUCUGACCACAGUCACAGCCCUGGUGAAGAAGUUCUUGGGACCAGUGCCUGUAUACCCUGCCGUGGGCAACCAUGAGAGCACACCUGUCAAUAGCUUCCCUCCACCCUUCAUAGAGGGCAAUCAGUCCUCCCGAUGGCUCUAUGAGGCCAUGGCGGAGGCCUGGGAGUCCUGGCUGCCGGCUGAGGCCCUUCGUACCCUCAGAAUCGGGGGGUUCUAUGCCUUUUCCCCACGUCCUGGCCUACGCCUCAUCUCUCUCAAUAUGAAUUUUUGUUCCCGUGAGAACUUCUGGCUCUUGAUCAACUCUACAGAUCCUGCUGGACAGCUCCAAUGGCUGGUGGGGGAACUUCAAGCAGCUGAGGAUCAAGGAGACAAAGUACAUAUAAUUGGCCAUAUUCCCCCAGGGCACUGCCUGAAGAGCUGGAGCUGGAACUACUACCGAAUUAUUGCCAGGUAUGAGAACACCGUGGCUGGUCAGUUCUUUGGCCACACACAUGUGGAUGAGUUUGAGCUCUUCUAUGAUGAGGAAACUCUAAGCAGGCCAUUAUCUGUGGCCUUCCUGGCACCCAGUGCCACCACCUACAUCAGCCUUAAUCCUGGUUACCGGGUCUACCAAAUAGACGGCAACUACUCAGGGAGUUCCCAUGUGGUCCUGGACCAUGAGACCUACAUCCUGAAUUUGACGGAGGCCAACAAGCCCGGUGCUACACCACACUGGCAGCUUCUCUACCGGGCUCGAGAAACCUAUGGGCUGCCCAAUGCUCUGCCUGCUGCCUGGCAUGACCUGGUAUACCGCAUGCGGGGCGAUCCAAAGCUCUUCCAGACCUUCUGGUUUCUCUACCACAAGGGCCACCCGCCCUCGGAGCCCUGUGGCACGCCCUGCCGCCUCGCUACACUGUGUGCCCAACUUUCUGCCCGCUCAGACAGUCCAGCUCUGUGUCGCCACCUGGCGCCGAACGAGAGCCUCUCCAGUGCCUGGAGCCUGCAGCCUCAGCCCUCAAUGUGCUAGUAUUCACAGAAAGCAGUGUUGGGCAAGGCCUGUCCUAAGAAAAAAAGAGAGAGAAGCCUGGGAAGACCAGAGGACCUGUGAUGAGAGGAACAAGCUAUGAAUGUUGGGAAACAGGCCUCAGUUCCUGGAAUGACUCUGCCCAAGUAUGGGAGCAGGGUUGAAGUUGCUGCUCUGCAUCUGCCAGCACCUAGCCGGCUAUGAAACUGCUGCUUCACCAUGGCCCUGGGGCAGGUAGCACUGCCCUGUACUGACCAGACAAGCACUGUUGCCACAGCCCUGUGCUGGCCAGCCAGAAACACUGUUCUGCUGCUACAGCCUGAGUGCAAGGCUACUGAAAUAAAACAAGAGAUUUGGACCCUCAA